AGUCAAUUGUUUUCUUGUUGCGCUUGACUAUCUAAUAGAUUGUCUUUGGAUUUCUGUUCUAUAAUACUCUUGAUAAGCUUAUCGGUCUUGUCAUCUGCGCCAGUCAUUUGGGGGGAGUCGCUGUUAUCUCCAGCGUAUGAAUAAGCUUCGUCCUGGGUUUGGUAUUUCCGCGGAAAUUCAAAAAAGCGAUUCGAGCCCUUUUUCUUAAGGCUGAGGAUCGAAGGCGGUUGCCCUAGAUAUAAGAGUCAAAGCAACCCUUCUGGCGGCGUUCAUAUUCACGUUUCCACCUCAUAGAAGAGAAUCAAAGCUCUUCGCAUUGGACAUUGCUUGCGGUGGCAAUCUGUCACGAUGAAGGAUGCGUCUUGCGACAAUGGCUGUCAAGCACCUUUGCUGAUGGCUAUGAACACCGAACAUCAGGUGCACUUGAUUAUUGGGACGAACCCUUUAGCAGGAGCCCGUUGUGCGAAGAGUGUAGGCGUCGGAGCGAAACCUAUCAUAAUAGCACAAGAUACGGCCGAUGUGCACUAUACGUUGACCGAGCGCUUCGAAGACGGCUCAGCGCAAUGGAUACGCAGAGCAUUUCAAGACGAUGAUCUAACCACUCUUGGGAGGGAAGAAGUCGACCAUGUUGUGGACAUGGUGUUUGUCACUCUCGGCGGGAGUGACCCGUUGAGUUCCCACAUUUCGAAGCUUUGCCGACGUCUGAGAAUCCCGGUGAAUGUAUCUGACGCACCGGAUCUCUGUUCCUUCAGCUUGCUUUCUACGUACUCAGAUGGCCCUCUGCACAUCGGAAUUACGACUUCUGGCCGUGGCUGCAAGCUCGCUUCUCGCCUGAGGAGGGAAAUUUCUGCUUCGCUUCCUCCGAACCUUGGGACCGCCAUAGACAGACUCGGUGCGGUAAGAAAGCGGCUUUGGGCAGAAGACUACGCUGCAGGACUCUGUGAUGGCGUUUUCGACGGCGACGACGAUGAUUCGACAGGCCAAAAACAUACUUUCAACAAUCUAGUCACGGAGCAUGACAAAUCGGCCGCCAAAACAAGACGCAUGCGCUGGCUCUCUCAGAUUUGCGAGUAUUGGCCAUUACGCAAACUCGCCACUAUUGCCGAUUCUGAUAUUGAAAGAAUCCUUCAGGCCUAUUCCGCUGGUAAAGAAAAUGUCAGCGACAUGAAUGGGACUGCGUUGUUAUCUAAGAAAGGAAAGAUUGUUCUGGCUGGUUCUGGUCCAGGUCACCCUGAUCUGCUCACUCGCGCAACUUUUCAUGCGAUUCAAAAUGCAGACAUUAUAUUGGCAGAUAAGCUUGUACCUGCUCCCGUCUUGGACUUGAUUCCGCGCCGGACUGAGGUCCAUAUUGCGCGAAAGUUCCCCGGAAAUGCGGAUCAAGCACAAGAAGAGUUUAUGCAAAUGGGAAUCGAAGCCCUACGCCAGGGACGGUACGUACUGCGGCUGAAGCAGGGAGACCCGUAUCUCUAUGGUCGAGGAGGAGAGGAGUUUGAGUACUUCCGAGGCGAAGGUUUUACUCCCUUGGUCCUUCCGGGAAUAACCAGUGCACUCAGCGCCCCUUUGUUCGCGGAUAUUCCUGCUACCCAUCGUGGUGUUUCGGACCAGGUUCUAGUUUGCACCGGCACUGGAAGGAAAGGCGCAGCUCCAGAGCCCCCUACUUACGUACCGACUCAGACGGUUGUCUUCCUGAUGGCACUGCAUAGACUGUCUGCACUCGUGGAAUCACUGACCACGCUACCGGCGGCAGAUGACGGCUCCCGCGCGAGAACGGCCUGGCCCAAGGAUACUCCAUGCGCCAUCGUUGAGCGGGCUUCAUGCACGGAUCAGCGGGUUAUUCGUUCAACACUUGAGCACGUAUGCUUGGCAUUUGAAGCUGAAGGGUCUCGCCCUCCCGGGUUGCUCAUUGUCGGAGCCAGCUGCCAUGUUCUACACCGACCUAGCGGUCAAAAGUGGAUCGUUGAGGAGGGAUUCCGAGGCCUGGAUGAAUUGCAUCCUGUUUUGGGCGAGUCUACGAGGGACGGUAGUGUGCUGAACGCUUCUUGAUACGGCUAGCAUUUGCAUUCGGUGAUUUUCUGGACACGAGUUGUGAGAGAUCACAAUCAUGAGCGGGGAGUUUUGUUUCAACAGGUCUUCGAUUUGAGAUUGAGAUACCCAUAUAGAUUAUGUUUCAACACUAUGAAUUGGUCACGUUGAUUUCUU